UUUGCAUACGCCACGCGAGAGUCUGGAGUCUGGAGUAUACUAACUCAGCUUGGCUUAAAAGUCUCGUUAACACGCCAUUAAAAAAAACUAACUCAGCUGUCAUGUAAAUAAAUAAAAAAAUCUAGUGCGACUGUGUCUACUGACUAUAUUUUUGCGCGUUUGUUUUUACGUGCAUAUUGUGUGAAUAAAAAAACCAAAGAUUAUUUUUAAACAAAAGUUAAAAAAGGAAAUAAGACAGGAACGAUUAUUUAAGGUUUUUCUAUUUCUGAAGGCGAAAACAUGUCGCUCAGUGAUCGAUGUUGUUUCCCUGGUUGUUAUGAGAGUGGAAAUUCACAUAAAAUCCUAUAUAGCUUUCCAAGCCCCACUUGUGAUCUACAAAGAUUUAGAUCUUGGGUCUAUGCAAUUGGCGGGGAUAUUCUUCACUUGGAUAAUUUCUACAUUCAGAAAUAUUGUAGAGUUUGUCGUUAUCACUUUGAAGAGAAAUAUUUUUGCAGUUAUAAUGGAAUUAAUAAUAUAGCUAUACCCACACUAGAUAUGUCUGAAAAUGAUGGUAAUGUGGAUCACAACUACUGUCAAUUGAAAGAUGAUAAUUAUUGCCCUGAAACGGUUGCUGUUGAAUAUGAAAUAAUCAGUGAUAAUAUGCAGAUUACGGACUUAUCAAAUGAGGCUAUUGAAGAAGUAUUCCAUACAUUUCGAAUCAUUUCAAUAAUCGGCUCACGAAAUGCCAACCGCAGUGUUUAAGUUCACCAAUCGCAACUGGUUCAGAAGUGGACU